AUGGCGGGAAGAUCAUCUCUCCUGGAAGCAGAGCUGACGUGUCCUGUGUGCCGUGACAUCUACAGGGAUCCUGUUCUGCUGAAGUGCAGCCACAGCUUGUGUGGGACCUGUUUACAGCAAUGCUGUAGAGCAAAUGGGCCUUGGAAAUGUCCAGUUUGCAGGAGAAGUUGUGUUUCCCUCAGCGCUCCUCUGAACCUGGCUCUGAAGAACACGUGUGAGGCCUUCUUACAGGAGAGACGUCAGGGAGCUGCGGCGGGGACUGAAUUUCUCUGCCAUCUGCACAACGGGAAGCUCAAACUCUUCUGUUUGGACGACCAAACACCUGUUUGUCUUGUUUGUCAAACUUCAAAAAAACAUGAAAAUCAUAAAUUCCGGCCAGUUCAGGAAGUAACCAAAGAAUAUAAGGAGGAACUCAGGGCAGCACUGAAGCCCCUGCAGACGAAGCUGAAAGUUUUUAACAGAGUAAAGCAAACCUGGGAACAAACAGCGGAACACAUCAAGAGUCAAGCCAAACAGACAGAAAAGCAGAUUCAGUCCGAUUUUGAGAUGCUUCACCUCUUUCUGAGGUAUGAGGAGGACAAGAGACUUGCUGCACUGCGGGCUGAAGAGUGUGACAAGACUCAAAUGGUGAAGAAAAAGAUCGAAACGUUGACAUUAGGGAUUUCAAACCUUUUAUCAAAAAUAAGACUCAUACAACAGAAACUGGGAGCUGAAGGUGUUUCAUUCCUGAUGGACUACAAGGACACAAAGAAAAGGAUCCAGAGCAAAGUGGAAGAUCCAGGAAAGUUUUCGGGAGCUCUGAUUAAUGUGGCCCAACACUUGGGUAACCUGAAGUACAGAGUGUGGGAGUCAUUGGCGGACGAUAUUGAAUACACUCCUGUGGUUCUGGAUCCAAAUACUGCCUGUCCCCAUCUCUCGCUGACCAACAAUCUGACCAGUGUGAGAUACACAACGAGACGACAGCUUCCUGAUAACCCAGAGAGGUGUGGUAUAUACACAUGUGUGCUGGGUUCAGAGGGGUUCUGUGCCGGGAAACAUUACUGGGAUGUUGGAGUAAAAGGAAAAACCUCCUGGAUACUGGGUGUGGCUAAGGAGUCUAUCGAUAGAAAGGAGGAGUUUAGUAUGAUCCCAGCAGGAGGAGUUUGGACUGUAGAGCAGUGCUAUGGGAGUUACAGGGCAAAUACUUUACCUGCCACCCCUCUGAGAGUGAGGAGGAAACCCGAGAGGAUCAGGGUACAGCUGGACUGGGACAGGGGGGAACUGUCAUUCUCUGACCUCAGUCACAACACUCUUCUUUACACUUUUAAACACAGAUUUACUGAGAAGGUAUUUCCGAUUUUCUGUUGUGGGAGUGAUUCUAUUCCUCUCUACAUCUUCUCUGUGAAGGUAAAUGUGAAAUAAAUAAAUAAGUGUACAUGUGAGGAAAACCUCACAAAUGCGAUGGCAUGAACCAUAAAAAAGAGAUUCAAUAGUCCUUAAUAUUUUUCAGUGUAAUUUUAAUGUGGUGCUCACAGCAAACGAGUGAAACCUGGUGAACAGAUGCAAUUAAAAAAAAAUAAAUAAAUAAAAAGUCAUCUGUGUUUUUUAUA